UUGAUCUUUCUCUAUCUAUAAAUUACAGUCUCGUACAAAUAAGCCUAUAUAUACACAUAUUUAGAGAGAGAAAAAAAUCUCAUUCUAACGCAUACACUCUCAACAAUAAAUCCAUGUGACGAAUCUGCACCGUUUCCUUGGUCUUCACUCAAAUGAUCAGAUCUGAAGAAACUGAAGAGUGAGAGGGUGGUGCUGUGUAUGCAUUCAAUAUUCAUAUUUAUGUUCGAUGUAUGGGUUGUGUUUACUGAAAUCACCGUCGAUUUGCUGAGAUUUUGGUGGUAAUGGAGAAGAUCUAAACUUUAAAGACCUUAUUUUUAGUGUUAGAUUUUGAGAUAUUUCUAAAAUUAUUAGUGGAAAUUAAGAUCUGUGAAUCUGUGAGAAGCUAAUGACCCUGAUAGAUCUAGGUAGUUUGAAGGAGAUGGAGACUUUAGUUGCUGUUGCUCAUCACAGGAAUCAUCAUCAAUAUUAUGAUAGAAAUCGUGAGCAUGGUUCGGCUAGAUUUGGGUCCUUUGGGUCCCCGCCUACUGAUAAUUCUCGUGGUAUCAAUUGCCGUGCUUUCCAGUCCGGUGCAGGGUUACUUCCAAACCCGCCUAAUUCUUGCACCACUGCCCCUUCUAGCAAAAGGGAGUUUUCCACUUCUUUUUCGCCCAAAACCCCUUCGACGUCUGUUAAUGAAGACCACAAAAGCUUGAAAAAGAAAUCGGAAAAUAGUAUGAUUCCAAUCGCAAUUAAGAUCAACUUCGAUAACAAAGAGGGGGGUUAUGAUAAUGAUUUUCAUUUCUCUGAACAUUGGGCUGGACCUGCUUAUUCUUGCUCACCUCCCCCGAGUUCUUUGCCCAUGCCAAACUUUUCACUCCGGCCAAAAAGGGCAGUUUCACUUGACUUGCAUACUGCAGCCCCUGAAUUUGAUUUGCCCCCUAUGGCUAAAUCUGCUCCUGCUUCCCCAACCAGGGAGCGUUGUCCCUCACCUAGUGAUAUGUUUGAUGGUGCUGACUGUGCGACUAAGAACCUUCGUCGCAUCCUCAAUCUUGAUAAUGCUGACGAAUGAUGUGCUGGGAGCAGUCAGCACUCCUGUAAAUAAGAAAGCUGAUUUAGUUUGCAAAGUGAGUUAGUAAUAUAUGUAUACAUUUAAUGAAUAAAGUAUGUUUGCAGCACAACUUGCUUGUAGUGAUUUCAUUAGGUUUUCAGAAAUUGUGGUGGUGUUGAUGCAAGAGCUAUAAUGGCUGGUUGGUUGACUAUCUCCAGAUAUCAGAAAAGUUGACAUGGUGGUUUGGUUGGGCACUGUAGAAUGUCAAUGGGUCGUUUGAACAUGGAUAUUAACAAGGCCAAAGGUUUUGGGAGCAGAAAUCGUAAUUGAUAACCGGCAAUCCAUUGAAAUGGUGAUGGAUAGUUGGAAUUUAGUGCUUUUGGACAUGAUCACCAAAUUGAAUAUCAAUGAUCUGUUCUGCUCAGAGGAGGCUGCAUUCUAUUUGAACACUAUGUAUUGAUUCCCAGUUCUCCAGUAUAUAUCUUCCUCAUUGAAUUGUUCAUUCUGUUAGUUUUUCCCCCUCAUUUUGGUUUCAUUUAGAUUUUUUGUUAUGUGCAAGUUGUAUGUACAUCAGGAUCCUAAUCUGUUAGAUUGGAUAGGAAUUUGUUUCAUCUCCCUGUUAACCAGCUCUCCCAGCCCUGAUAUUUGACCUAUCCUCUUCUAUGAUUUCCCAUAAUCUCUUCCGUUCAAGUGCCGGCUUACUGGGCUUAUAAUUAGCUGAUUUCAUUCAAUCUUCUUACCUCCUUUUUCACUUCUCUUCUUUUUCUCUAAAUUUUCAAAUAGGGUCUGACUUAUGUGUCUUUGCUUUGCAAAGAUGUGGCUUUCCCUUUCACCAUCUUUCUGAUUUUUCAAAGAAAAAUGGGAAGGAAAGUAGAGAUAAAUGAUUUUCACUUCUACUUUUUAGUACUUGGGCUUGAGCAACAUCGAUUUUCACUUCUGCUCUUUUGUACUUAGGCUUGAUCCAUGUCAAGCUCUCUUCUUGUAAGUCCACCUUGUCCUCUGUUCACCAUUUUCCUGAGUGGGUUACUCCACUUCUCUUUCUAAAGCUUAGGCUUGAUCCAUGUCGAGCUCUCUUCUUGUAAGUCCGCCUUGUCCUCUGUUGUCCACCAUUUUCCUGAGUGGGUUGCACCACUUUUCUUUCUAAAGCCGUUGGUCUUUGGAGAUUGUUGACCACACACCAAGCUUUUCACAGUUCUGUUAGAGAGCUGAUUGGAGAAGAAUCUGCAGGAGUUGUCUGCAAAGCUUGUCGUAUUAUUGUUGCAUCGUACUUUUUGUUCUGUUUGUUGUUGCAAAAACAUUGUGCAUUUUGUGUUCGUGAAUCUUUUAUGCUCUGUUUGCGGUGUUGUUUGAAACACUACUUUUCGAGUCAUGGGCAAAGUUUCUAGUUGUGUUUUAUAUAUUGUAUCCCCAAAGUUUGUCACAUUUUGAUUCUCUGUUAUGUUCCGUUUAUAAUUGUCUAUGAAGUAAUCUUGGCUGCUUGAGAGGCAACAUCUAAUCAAAUAAACGAAUCUAUAAGUGAAUGCUUGA